AAUUUUUUGCGAAAUAACAGCAAACAAUAUCAGGGGGCGCCCAAUUUAAAAAUAAUGUAAAAUGUUUUAGUUUCAAAGUAUUUAUUGAUUAAUGAUUAAGGUUUUGAGUGUAGUUUUGAUAACUAAUUUAAAAAAUAAUAAUUUCAUCGCAUAUCGAGAUAUGUCUCACAAAGUAUUUGUUUAUGGAACGCUAAAACGCAAUGAGCCCAACCACCACUGGCUUACAAACCCUGAACAUGGCACAGGAACUUUUCUAACCGAAGGGAUUACUAAGAAUAAGUACCCACUUAUCAUAGCCACAAAGUAUAAUAUACCAUUUCUCUUAUAUAGCCCUGGUGAUGGACAUCAUAUAAAAGGCGAAAUCUAUGAAGUGGAUGACAUCAUGCUCAGCAAAUUGGAUAUUUUAGAAGAUCAUCCCAAAUGGUAUGUCAGAGAAAUUGACGAUAUACUGGUUAAGAAACCAGGCUCCAAUGAUGAAGAAAUAGUAAAAUGCUGGGUGUAUUUCUUGAAAAACUUUCGACCGGAAUUAUUGAAACGGCAACUUUUCGAAUGCUACUCUUCUAGCGGUACACAUGGCUUGAAAUAUUUGGAAAGGUCAAAACGCGAUCCUAAUCAUAACCAUUAUUCUGAAGUUAAGAAAUAAAAAAUGCUUUUGGUGAAGAGAACGAAGCAUCCUUAGAAGACCUAAAAGAACUGCAGAAGUAAUAAAUAUUGUAUCAAUAUGAUAUAUUUUUGUAUGAUAAAUUAUUCAUAUAUUUUAUAAUAAUCUUUAUGUACCUACCUGUGUAGUUGAGACAUUCCUAUGUGUUCGAAAAUUUUAUAUCGUGUGUUAUUAUAAUAAAAUUGUUCCUAUAAAAGAUGUUUGUAAUAUUUUAUUGUAAAACAACUCAUCAAUUAAUUAGUAAUGGAUAACUAAUGCUCUAAUUUUAUAUAAUACUAGCUGUAGCACGUGACUUCAUCUCUCAUUUUUAACUUAUUAAAUCUGAAAUGUUA